AUGUCUCUACAAGCGGACAAUGACGAUGAUUCAUUUAUAAUGAUUCUGGGGUCAUCCCCUAGUGAGAGUCUAGAUGCUAAGUGCAAUGGAAUGGAGAAAGCUUUAAAUGGGCCAAUUUUGGAAGACGCGAUAAAAGACCUACCUAAUGAUGCUACGAUGGCGUUUAAAGCACAAUUCCAACUUGGAGAUAGUCCCUCACCAGCCAGUAUGAUGGUUGCCAGCACACUUAUAACAGAUGAUAGAAGCACGGAAGAGCUUCAGAAACGCUUUGGGGAACUGCUUGAUGAGAAUGUGGUGCUAAAGGAAACGCUUAAACAGAAUAAUGACUCCAUGAAGGAGCAGUUCUCCCUCAUAGCAUCUUGCCAAGAGGAUAUGUUACGGACCCAUAAGAUACACAAGGAAAAAUUUGACGAGACCAAAGGACUAGUUGAAAAGUUACGGCAACAGAAUAAAGAACUAAAAGAGAAUAUAGUACACCUGACCUGCACAAUUGAAUCUCUGACAAAUGGCAAAGUCAAGUCAGCACCAUCAUCUACUGUGGAGUUUGUAACGUCACCAGAUGAUGACACUAUCAAUAAACUUACGGCACAGUUGGAACUGGUUGAGAAACAGAGAAGACAGGUGAUAGUGGACAAUGAGAAGUUAACCUGGCAAAAGGAAUCCCUGGAACACAUUGUGGACGCGACAACUAAAGAGCGGGACGAUGCCAAGGACAAACUGAAAAGUCUUGAGUUGUUGUUAUCAAGUAAAGAACACAAUCACGUUGAAGAGAUAAAGUUGAUGCACGGUACAAUAGAUGAACUAAGACAGAAAAUGAAGUCUCUCUCUACGAAUAUGAAUGGUGAAGAAAUACAGAGGAGAGACGCGAAUAUAAAGCAUUUGGAAGCUAAGGUGAUGUCACUGCAGAACGAUUUGAAGACGGCGCAAAUGAAGAUCUUGGAUUCGGAGAACGUCAAGCUUGAAUUUGCGCAGUACAAAUCCGGCGUUUCUGAAACAGUCAAGUCUUACAAGGAUCAGAUACAAGAGCUGAGUACGAGGCUCAAAGAGGUUCAAACGACUGUAUUCCAACCUGUACACAUGACCAUGAGCUGCGAGUCGGAGACUUCGCCCCACUACGGGGGCUACCUGAAUAAUGUGAAGCUCUACGAUCGCACCUUGAAGCAUUUGUCGGAAUACCUCAACACGCUGACUAGUGGAUUAACAGACACGGUUGUGCAAGCAAUGGCGGUUCUAUCUAGCGUACAAGAUGUAAAACAGGAACGGGCGUCGAUGGACAAAGUCAAGGCGGGUCUCAGCGAAAUCAAACAAAUGAUUUUGAAGCAGCACAGCACUGUGCUUAGUAAUAUUGCGCAAUUAAAAAGUACGCUAACGUUAUUCGAAGGCAUCUUUAAAGACUACAAUGAGGUAUUGAAGAAGACGAUAACGAAACGGGAAGACACUCCGCCCAAUAUCGAACAAUUGACUGCUGCACUAGUGGCGAGAGGUGAACAGAUCCAGGCCCUGGAAAACCAAAUUGCGAUUCUCAGCGGACAAAAGGAGGACUGUGAACUGCUCAAAGCACAAGUGGAGUUGUACAAGAGUGACUUCGAAGCGGAGCGUAAGUCGCGCGCAGAGAUGGCGAGCGAAAAAGAGUCAACAGCGACAGAUCUUCGCGUGGCGCAGAAGAAGCUCCAAGAGCUGACUAGACAGCUAGAAGAAGUACGUAAAGCUAGUCCCAGUAUAUAUAAAACGGCUGUUUCAAAAGCUCAAGCUGGUGCAGCAACAGCUGCGAGUUCCAGCACAACUCCUAAUACCACCUCGGUCACUACUUCUGGAAAUAUGGUCUACACAUGCCCGAAAUGCAUGUUCCAGAGCGAGCAGUACAAAGUGAUGGAGGACCACUUCGACUUCUGCUUGGACGACUUUUAA